UCGCGAGAAUAGUCGCGUGUCACACAGUCAGAUGUCUAUAAUAAACAUCCCCCGAAUGUAAUGGUUCCGCCCGGAUAUAUGGGAACAUUGUCCAACAUACAAUUUCCUCGGUGGUUGACAUCAGCGUUAUUUAAGGUGUGGAAGCGGGGAGUUUAGACAGCGCCACCAGGUGUACGACAAUGAGCCUGGAAGGACAAUCGAAAGGUGUUGACCUGCCUGCCCUGCAGGAGCACCUCUGCGGCCUGUGGAACAGGAAGGAGCAGGACGAGUUGCGACAGGUUUUGGCGAGCAAUUUCUCCCAGAUGCAGGAGCCCUUUGCUGGUCUGCUGGACUUUCUAGAUGGCUGCCUUACCUUCCAGAAGGGCAAGUCCAGCACCCUGCAUCAGUUCAUUCUCACAGAGUUUAUGCGCUGGAGGAGCAAUAAUCCCCAGGCUAGUCUGAAUGGCCUGAGGGAGGAAGAGAGGCUGCGUUUGCAGAGGAAGGCCCUGGGGCUCCUCACAGACUCUCAUCCCGGGUACAUGGACCCCCUGCUGGACAUUUAUCAGCUGAGCUCACUGAAAAGACCACUGCUGAUACAACAUGUGGACUUCCUGCAUGACUGCUGCUGCUUCAAAGAGGCGUUGGUGUUCAGCGUCAAAGUGGAGCUGCAGAAGAAUCUGGACAUGGAGAAGAUGUGUGUUCCUCUCAUUCUGCUGGACAAGCUGUCUCUGGCGGAGCUGUAUGUGCGCGACCAUCCCGACCUGCAGCAGCGUCUCGUCUCACUGCUGGACUCCUGGUGCGAGCCCAACUUUGACGUCCAGGUACUGCUCAGUCAGUACCCAAACAUGGUUCUCUCAAAGCAUCAGACAGACCAGAUUCAGCCCAAGCUGCUCAGUAAACACGUGUUCAGACUCAUGGAUAAAUUCUGCAUUGAUCCAGGUCUGUGCUCUAACUCGGUCUAUAAGAGGAAGCUGGACUCACUGAGGUUUCUCAUGUAUAAAACCUUUGGAGAGAAAAGCAUGUCUGAAGAGAACUGGAGAGACCAUGUUCAGGCCAUGAUUGAAGGCAAUACAGAGCUCCAGGCUCAGUUGGUGCAGCUGUUGGUUAAACAUUGCAGCCUCCAGACUGCUGCCCAGUGGGCUGCGCAUUACAGCUUACCCAGAAACAGACUUCCCCCAGGAGUCUGGGACAAAAUUCAGAGCCUCUCCCCCAAGCAGCUAGAGAUGUGUGCUGUGAGCGGCCCACCCGAAUCUUGGACACCUCUUCAGUCUGAUCAGCAAAAAUAUUACCAGCUGCCUCUACCCAGAGAAAACAUCCUCUUUGUAGAGACAUUAGAUGAAGUUGAGCAGUGCAGAGAAGCUGUUUUAAAGCCUGGUUGUGUGGUGGGAAUGGACAUGGAAUGGAGAGCCGGUUUUGGCACGGUGUCCUCUCAACGUGUGGCUCUGAUCCAGCUGGCCGUACAGGAACGGGUGUUUCUGUUGGACCUUUGUGCUCACGCCAUUAGCCACCACAGCACCACAGUAAACUUCAUCAGGGCUCUGCUUUCGGACAAGAACAUCCUCAAACUGGGUUAUGGGAUGUCUGGAGACUUGCGGAGUCUGGUCAGUACGUGGCCUGAGCUCAGGGAAGAGCCAAUGAAAAUGGAAGGAGUUCUGGACCUGCUUCAUGUCCAUCAAGAGCUUCAACGAUGCUGGUUAGACAACAAAAGGUGUCGGUCAGUGGAAGUGAGUGAGGGACCAGCAGAGAAGGGCCUGAGUUUGCUAGUACAGCAGGUAUUAGGAAAACCACUGAAUAAAACCGAACAACUCUCCAACUGGGAACGCCGGCCACUUCGGACCAGCCAACUCCGCUAUGCAGCCACUGAUGCAUACUGCCUGCUAGACGUCUACCUCGUUCUCUCCCGGGACCCGAAGGCAUUUGGUUUGCCAGAGGACCUCCGCUCCAUUCCCUCGGCCCAACCGGCCAAAAGCCGUGAGGAAAAGAAACCCAAAGAGAAGAGCAAGCAGUCUAAAAGAAGAGAGGCUCAACAGAAGGCGAAUGUGCCCCACUCUGUGGAGGACUGUAUAAAGGUGAAUUCGGAGUACCAGGGGCCCACCAUCACACCGCCAGAGCUGCGAGUGGUCUGCGAUAACAUGUUGCAGGGUCUGGGACGUUUUUUGCGCUGUCUUGGGGUGGACGUGAAGAUGCUGGAAAACACAGAUGACCAUAAAGUAGCAGCAGAGCUGGCUCGUGCUGAAGGUCGUGUCAUCCUCACCGCAGGCCAGCCAUACCAAACAUUACGGUCACAAGUUGGAGAGGGCCGCUGCCUGACUCUGGACUGCUCAGAAAAGGCACGUGACCAGGCUGUGCAUGUUCUCAGACAUUUCAACGUCCACCUCACCCCUGCAGACAUCUUCAGUCGAUGCCAGGCUUGCAAUUGUAAUGAGUACUUCAAGUUGUCCAGAGAGGAUAUGACCCGCAUGAUGAAAGAGAGAGGUCUCCUUCAAGACAUCGUAUCUAAGGGGGGCGACUGCGAGUCGCAGGAUGAAACACAAGCAGAAUACAAUAGCUGGAGGCCCCCAGAGGGCCCUGAGUUCACCCCUCACUGCCGCUGGGCCCCACGUACCGCCCUGGACCCCCAGACCUUCAAAUUCCCCAGCGGGGCCGAAGUUCAGCUGGAAACCGUGCCCCCGGGCCUCCUGCCCCGGAUUCCAGUGUACUUCAUCUGCACCGGCUGUGGAAAGGUGUUCUGGGAGGGGACCCACUAUGACCGCGUGCUGUCGCAGUUCCAAGAGGUCUUGCACCUCAGUGAAGACGCAGCAGCGAAAGCAUGAGAUCGACCAAACUCCAGCUGUAAUGAACUCUUGCAGAAUUUUUCACGCCUCUGAUUUUUUUAGACAUUCUUUUUAUGGAGGUAUUUUUAUUUGCUGCACUGUGUCAUAACUCUGCAAAAGCUUUUCAGAAGGUUUAACUGUGUUUUGCACUGUAAACAAAGUUAGCUAUUAAAUUGUCCUGUGUACGUUUGUUUCACACAAUAUACUUGAUGCCAUAAAAAGUUUACAAAAAUGUUUUGAAAUCAGAAAAAGUGUUUUAAAAUAACACACUAUGAAAAGAUUAGAGACAGAUUGUUAUUAAAAACAGGAUUUAUAUUGGAUUAACCACACAAAAUGACAUCUUUAGAAAAAUCUUUAGACAUUUAUUACUUUGUUUUUUUUUUUAACUUAAGACCUGUUUGUUUUGCACGUCACAUGUACUUAAUGCCAUAAAAUGUUUACAAACCUC